AUGCCACCUAGUCCUUCCCUUGACCAUAUUGCCGACGCUAUACCUAAAAGGAAGGCAAAACCUGGAGAGUCCUGGAAGGGCCAAGAAACCCAAGUUCUCCCAAAUAAUCGCCUUCCCAUUGUUUUCUUUGGGUUCAUGGCAUGCGUGUUUCUGGCAGCGAUGGACCAGACGAUUGUCGCGACUGCAUUGCCUACUAUUGUCGAGGAACUUGGUGACGGCAAUAAUUACAGUUGGGUUGGAAGUGCCUACCUUCUUGCUGCGGCUACCUUGUCACCGUUGUACGGAAAGUUAUCGGAUCUUAUCGGCCGUAAACCCAUUUUGUACUCUUCUAUUGGGACCUUCCUGAUUGGGUCUGCGCUGUGUGGAGCUGCUCAAAACCUCACUUGGCUCAUUAUAUGUCGCGCCGUACAAGGCAUAGGAGGGGGUGGUAUCAUGCAACUGGUAAACAUCACGAUCAGUGACAUAGUUCCCCUGCAGGAACGAGGGAAAUAUGGGGGCUUCAUUGGGUCUACCUGGGGUAUUGCUAGUGUCGUCGGACCUCUCCUUGGUGGUGUCUUCACUGACCAUGUUUCAUGGAGAUGGUGCUUCUGGAUAAAUCUACCCACAGGGGGCGUUGCUGCUCUUGUUUUGUUCUUCUUCCUCAACCUCAACCCUCAUCCAGGACGAUCUCUCCGCGAACAUGUUCGAGAGUUUGAUUUCAUGGGCCUGGCUUUGAUCGUAGCAGGAGUAGUGUGUCUCUUAAUUGGUUUCAACUUCAGUGAAGCGAGCUGGAAAGCUCCGAAAACCAUCGUGUUGAUUGUGCUUGGAGGCGUGCUUCUUGUGUGUGCUGGAAUCUUUGAAGCCUUCACAAAGAGGUCGCCGAUCAUUCCACCGCGUCUAUUCAAGACUCGAACCACAGCGAUCAUCCUUGUAUCGACGUUCCUUCAUGCUCUAUCGUUCUUCUUGCCGGUGUACUUCCAAAUUUUAGGAUCCUCUGCUACCGGUGCCGGAGUGAGGAUGCUUCCCUUCUCCUUGGGCUCCUCCCUCACAUCAGCCAGCAUUGGGUACUUUGUCUCCCGCACCGGGGAAUACCGUCCAGCAAUAUGGAUAUCUUGGGCUGUGUUUACCCUUGGCUACGGGUUAAUGAUCAUGUUGGACAGCUACUCUAAUACCGCUGAGAAAGUCUUGUACCCGCUUAUCGCAGCUUUGGGUCUCGGAACGAUGUUCCAGGUCCCGAUGAUCGCUCUACAGGCAGCGAUGCCUCUCAAGGAUAUGGCGACUAGUACGGCGACAUAUGGGUUCAUCAGGACGUUAGGCGGAACCGUUGGCGUUUCUGUUGGACAGGUCAUUUUUUCAAGUACGCUUACGAAGCGGCUGGCCAAGAUUCCUAACGCGGAUGCUGGCUUGCUUGGUGGAUCUUUGAGUGAAAGUGUACGGCAUUUGAAGGACAUAGCAGAUGCACAGCUACGGACAGACAUCAUCCAAGCUUACGCGCGUUCUAUCAGUUCGAUAUGGCUAGUCCACACCCCGAUCUGUGGUGUAGGCCUGCUGUUAGGUGUGUACAGCUGUUGUUUUUAA